AUGCUAGCAGGACGGUCGCUCGUGUGCCUGGCGUUGAGCCUCUUCCUCCCCCUCGCUCUCACAGCACCAAAUUCAACCUACACCAAUCCUGUACUGCCAGGGUUCUUCCCUGAUCCUAGCUGCACUUUCGUUCCUGAGUGGGAUGAUACAUUCUUUUGCGCGUCCAGCAGCUUCAACGCUUUCCCUGGCAUCCCCAUUCAUGCCUCGAAGGAUUUGACCAACUGGAAACACGUCAGCAAUGUCCUCAACAGAGCAGAACAACUACCCACCCUAGCAAUUACCAAUAAAUCCACGAGCGGAAUAUGGGCUUCCACGGUCCGAUAUCACGAAGGAACCUUCUUUGUCAUGACGACCCUGGUGUUCGAUGACCAGCCCCAGACCAACUUUUCUCGAUGGGACAACAUUGUGUUUCGUUCUACAAACCCAUUCAACUCGUCAUCAUGGUCGGAUCCGGUUCAUUUCAAUCUCACAGGCUAUGAUACAUCUCCGCACUGGCUCAGCAACGGCACCGUGCUUGUUACGGGCUCUCAUCCGUGGCAGGUCCAACCGGGCAUAACGCAGACGACGAUUGACCUUACCACCGGAGAGGUCGGGUCCAAUUUCCGCUAUGUCUGGAAUGGUACGGGUGGCCUGGCUCCAGAGGGACCACAUAUCUACUUCAAGGACGACUGGUACUAUCUCAUGAUAGCUGAGGGUGGUACAGGAGUGAACCAUAUGGAGACCAUCGCACGUUCUAAGACCAUUGAUGGCCCUUACACACCGAAUCCCAACAACCCGAUACUUACCAACGCUAAUACAAGUCAGUACUUUCAGACAGUCGGACACGCUGAUCUGUGGCAAGAUGCUUCUGGCAACUGGUGGGGCGCAGCUCUUUCAACCCGCUCUGGUCCAAACUAUACGACCUAUCCCAUGGGCCGCGAGACUGUCCUGUAUCCCGUGACAUGGAAUGCCGGCGACUGGCCUAUAUUACAACCUGUACGCGGCCGGAUGAGCGGAUGGCAGAAGCCUGCAACGAAUCUCAGCAUCGCUGGAGAAGGACCGUUUGCAGAUGCUGCAGACUACAUCACCUUUCCACCGAACUCUAGCCUACCAAUUCACUUCGUCCACUGGCGGAUUCCCGUCGAUGGGUCUUACACCAUCUCUCCUCCCGGGCACCCGAACACUCUCCGGCUCAGCCCAUCCAGACUCAACCUUACAGCCUUUGAUGGGAACUAUGCCGGACCCGAGGGCCAAACUUUUGUCGGCCGCCGUCAAACAGAUACAUUGUUCACCUUCAGUGUCAAUCUGGAGUUCUCACCACAGCAGCAAGGUGACGAAGCCGGUAUUAGUGUUUUCCUCACUCAGGCAAGCACCUUUCGCGCCAGUAUUUGUCGAAGAUAUGCUGAUGCGGCGCAGAACCACCAUAUUGACCUUGGUGUCGUCCUCUUGCCCAAUACGAGCUCGUCUGCGUCACCACAGCAACUUGCGCCGUACUUCCGCUUCUCUGCGACAUCGUAUCUUGCGGUGCCGCCACCGCUGCUUGUCCCUGUCCACUCCUCGUACCCGAACUAUACGACGCUUUCGAAUCCAAACGCGACUUCAUUGAACUUAUAUCUAGAGAUCAAGGCCAUUAACCUGACGCACUACGCUUUCUCUGCUGGCCCUACCGACACCAUGUCGGAUACAAUCACCGUUGGGUAUGCGCCCGCUGCAGACGUCAGCUUUGGAUUUACAGGGACGCUGCUCGGUGUUUAUGCCACGACCAAUGGAAGGAGUGUCAAUGCUUCAUCCCCUGGUGCGCCGGCAUAUAUCUCGGAAUGGAAAUACACCCCUCAAGGACAAUUCCUGAGCUAG